AUGUUCACGUUGUUGGAGUUUGUUCUUCGCCAGUAUCCUAGUGUACAAGAUUUUGAGAUCUCCUCUAGAGCUAUCUCCGAGUGUAUCGAGCUCUCACCGAUCCUCUCGCUUGCUCCAGCAUGCACUUUUGGCUCCAUCUUGCUACUGGAUCGAAUUUGGGCUUUGAGCUGUAAUAGUGCUGCCGAUAGGCCCUCUCACUGGUCUUUAACGAACUUUUUGCAGUCGGAUACCUUUUAUUAUCGCUGGCAGUUCUCCAAGUCGUUGGAGGUGGCUGCUGCAAGAGGAGAUUUGGCGAUGGUAAAGUGGUUGUUCGCGCAUUUCUCGGGAUGUGAAACUACUUUUAGAGUUGUUGAAUCUGCAGCUGAGAACGGAUGCACCCCAGUUUUAGAGUAUUUGAUGACUCAGAAUGCAAAGUUUUGGAGUGAAGAAUCGUCAAGCGUAGGGAACAUGAAGCUUGUGGCUAACCAAGACAAAGUAUUGUCCCAAUCCGAAAAGAAUGUGGUUCAUUGGCACCAUCGUGCUAUUGUAGUGGCUGCCACGAGGGGACAUUUUGAUACCGUCCGAUGGCUGCACAAGAAUCUACUUUGCCAUUAUGGAUGUGAGGAAGAAACAAUGUUGGUAAUUGAGAGGACCCACGCCAUAGCUUUGGAUGUGGAAGAGUUCGAAUUAGCUGAGCUUUUGAUUCCUCAAGGCAAAAAGCCUUCCGAUUGUACUACAUACAGCCGACAAUCCGUUAAAAUAGAGAUGACUCCGGAAAACCCUUGUCUUCGUUGGGAUGUAAACAGAGCAGUCCAAGCAGUUAAGGAUCUAGCAUCUUCGGAUUGUCUCGAUCUCAUGCAACAAAUAGCAAUGCUACACUCUCCAUUGCCACCAAUUCAAGCUACGUGGCUCCUUGAUUGGCGUGGAGCGUUUAUAAAUGCUUGUGGGCGAGGUGAUUUUCCAAUGAUGAAUUGGUUAAUGGAAUACCCAAUAGGACGUGAAGCAUUUCUUGUCAACACUGGGUUGUACUUCCGUCCGCUUUGCGCAGCAGCACAAGGAAAUCAAAUCGAGGUGAUUCAUUAUCUCUAUAAAAAGGGGUGUUGCGAUCUACAUGGAGAUGCUUUGCGGCUGACAAUGCAACAUGUAUCCUUGAGCACUGUGAAGUGUCUUGUCGGGUACAUGCGAAGGAUGCCUCAGCUUAAAGCAAACGACAUCAUACAUGAAGCCACAAAGCAUGGGCGCUUGGAUGUGUUGCAGUAUUUCUACAACAGGAGUACAUUUUUCCAUAAAGCGCUGACAAGCUCGUUGCAGUCUCCUAACGCGAUGACUGUCGCUGCCAGACACGGACAUUUGGAGCUCCUGAAAUGGCUUUUUCGCAAUGCUUGUGGGAAGUACUCGACGGAGGUUAUGAAUGUAGCUGUUCGAUAUGGCCAUUUGCGAAUUGUGCAGUGGCUCCAUGUUCGUCAAUCAAAGAGCUGUACAUCUGAUGCGAUGGAAAUUGCUGCUUAUAAUGGCCAUUUGGAGAUAUUAAAGUGGCUAUACGCCAACAGAAGCGAAAGCUGUUCAUCUUUAGCGAUCGAAUAUGCUGUAAAGCAAGGCCAUCUUCGAAUCGCUUUUUGGCUUCACAAUAAUGUUCGUCAAAAGAAGUCGUUAUCACUGUAUGUGAAAGGAAAUGCACGAUCCGCGUUUGAUAUGGUGCUCUUCUUACGCAAGUACUAUCCUACUUCUGUUCAGAAUAGUUGCCCCAUUGCUAUCUCACACCAAUGUGUGGUGUUUAUAUGA